AUGAAUAAAGGCGAUAUACUGCCAUCAUAUGGGUGGUGGUCGAGCGGGCUCAACUCAGACGAGAAUUCAGAUGAAUCAAGCAAAGAUGUACAAGUUGUUUAUUUGCCCGCAUUGGUUCCACGUGAAGCACAGUCCGCUGGGUUUUCACAGAAAAAUGACAUCCCUUUGCCCUACAGUUUUGAUGCAUUCGGAAGAAAUUUCGAUCUGCAGCUUCUACCAAACAGAAGGCUUGUUUCCCCUCAAUUCCGAGUGUGGUCGGAAGAUGGACCGGAUGAGCCGCUAUCCAGCGUGGACUCCUCCUGUCAUUUCUUGCACACUGGUCCCGGCGCAGUCGCCGCUUUCUCGGCUUGUAAAGACCACACUCUUCAUGGUCUGAUUAUGACUGAAAAUUCAACUUAUGAGGUUCGACCACUUCCUUCGGGCGCAGGACGCGCUAAAUCAAGCGGCGGUAGACGGGAACGUAUGGCACAUGUUAUUCGACGAGCUCCUCCACCACCGUCUCCUCUAGAUGACGCUCGACCGCUGCGUCAUACCGCCCGAAGACCAAGGCUCCGUCCAAACAAACCUGCACCGUCAUCAUACACUAUAGAAAUAGCGCUGUUUCUAGAUGAGGCUGCAUACAAACUCUUCUAUCCUCAUCUCAACUAUAAUGAAGCUGACUUGCGAGACAUGCUGCUGGCUUAUAUUAAUGGCGUUCAAGCAUUGUACCACCACUCCUCGCUUGGAACCAGUGUACAACUGUCGCUCGUGCGACUGACUCUGUUGCGCACGCAGCCGUCUGGCCUAACCGCGCACGCUGAACGCGGACGCCUACUCGAUUCCUUCUGUGACUACCAGCGCUCUCUUAAUGUUGAUGACGAUGACGACCCUCAACAUUGGGAUAUGGCUUUAUUACUUUCUGGUCUGGACUUCUAUUCUGAAGAAGGUGGGCGCCGGAACGGCGUGACGAUGGGCCUGGCGCCCGUGGGCGGCGUGUGCCUGCCCGCGCACGCGUGCGUCGUGUCGGAGUUCGGCGCCGCGGACGCGUUCGGCCGCCCCUACCCCUCCGCCGGCUUCACCUCCGUCUACAUCCUCGCGCACGAGAUCGGUCACAACUUGGGCAUGCACCAUGAUGGUACGGGCAACUCCUGUGCUCGCGACGGUUACAUUAUGUCGCCAUCGCGUGGAACUAAUGGCGAGGCGACGUGGUCGCACUGCAGCGCUCGAGUCGUUGCUGAUCUGCAAUGGGCUACGUGUCUUUUUGACGGAGGAGACGAGUUGGACGUGCCGCAGGAGCUCCAACAUGAAAGAUUCGGAGACGCUCCAGGCGUCAUGUGGGGAGCCAAAAAACAGUGCGAGGUGCUGCUCAGGGACAAGGACGCGGCGGCGGUGGAGGCGGGCGCGGGGGGCGCGGGGGGCGCGGGGGGCGCGGGCUCGCUGUGCGCGCAGCUCGCAUGUCGCUCCCCGCAUCGCGCCGGCUUUUACUAUGCCGGUCCGGCGCUGCCCGGCACGGCCUGUGGACCCGGGAAGUGGUGCCAAGGUGGGGAAUGCGUAGCUGCAGACCCAGUGGUCGUAUCGAGCGUGGCGCCGCCGCGCGGGGAGGCCGGGGACACGUGGGGCGCGUGGGGCGAGUGGGGCGCGGGCGCGUGCCGCUCGGGCUGCACGCAGCGCGGGCGCGGCGCGCGGGAGCGGCGGCGCUCGUGUCCGGACAGCGCCGUCUGCGAGGGCUCCUCCUAUGACGUAGCGCUCUGUGAUGACACUAAGGUUUGCGGCAAGAAGAAGCGCGUCAGUGCGAGCGAGCUGGCGGCGCGCAAGUGCAGCGAGUACGCGGCGCGCCUGGCGGACCUCGACCCGCGCGGCGGCGGCCUGCAGGCGCCGCACGAUCCCACUCGUAUGUGGAUGGGCUGCGCCAUAUUCUGUCGCCGCGCGGAAGGUGGAGGAUUCUACGCACCGCGGGUGGAGCUCAACGACGCGGGCCUAGAUCCGUACUUUCCUGAUGGCACCUGGUGUCAUCAUGACGGCUCUCAUCAUUACUAUUGCUUACAGCACCACUGUUUACCAGAGAAUUUCAAGAUGACAACACAAUUCCAUAUUUGGGAGUUGCCGAGUGAAGAUAUUAGUGGUCCGUUCAACGCAAGAGCGCGGGCAGCACCCGACGACGCAGCGACGGCUGCCCUGCGCGCUUACUUGUCUCUGGACAAUGCUGGAACACCACUGGCCCGUGCUGUGCUACCACCUCACAUUCCCGAAGAGCCUGAAGCCGACUGGGAAGUUCUCGACUAUGUGGAAAUACCCGCAAGAAACAAAACUAACUAAAAUAGUUAAACAUAUAAUUAUAAAAAACGUUUCUUGCCAAAUUUUUAUUUAAGUUUUAUUUAGUGAACAUAAGGAAGAUACCUUCAGUUAAAACAACAAAGCGAUAAAACUUUAGUAUCCAUAAAUGUAGUUAUGUAUAUUUUUAAAUGCACUUUUUAUGCGCCUCCCACGUUCUAUCUAAUCUAGUGGCUAGAUUGUAUAGUCUGCAGAUGCUGAGGUCCUGGGUUUAAACCCCAGGUCGGGUCGAUAAAAAGUUAUCGGGAUUUUCUGUCGAAUAAUUCUUAAUAGCAACCCGGAGUCUGGACAAAAGAAGUGUGUGCCUGUGCCUCGGAAAGCACAUAAAUAGGUCGGUUCUGCGCCUGAACUGUUCCGUUUUGCGUGAUUUGCCGUCCUUUCAAAAUCAACCAGGAGAACAUCAUCAUCAUUAUACUUAAAGGUUAAAUAAUAACGAUGAUCAUUGCAUUUAUUAGAAUAAGUCGCUAGUGAUAUUGAAACAUAUAAAAGUACUUAAUGUUCAAAAUAUAUUAGAAGGGAAAAUUGCAAAGUUUAUGUCAAGUCACGGAAAUAGUUCACUAUUCCUGUCUGUUAGGAAUCUUACAAAGAUAUUGUGAUGAAAUUUUAAUGUUUAGAAUAAUAUAAGAACUUUUUUCACUUAGGUGACGGAAUAAUUUACCUUCUACCCACAA